AAAUGAGCCCGAUAACUGAGAUUUUUGACACGAAUGACGAAACGCAUAGGAGAUGGGUUCAACAAGAACUUCGCUCAGCGCAUUUGGCGCAGUUCUUCCCACAUCCUCCUCCGACUCCUCCAAGCACAUAUCUCCCGCCAACUCCUUCUCUCUACCAGGGAUUGGCUUGCGAAUAAGCAGGAAUCAGUUGUCUUCGAAGUAUUCGGAUUUUACAAAUGCUUUAGUUCUGUUGAACGGAGCGAAUCAUAGUAAAAACGUUCUAGUGAAGAAAACGAGGAUGUGUCCUCCUGUAAGCAUGGGUAGGCGCUCUGCUAAAAUUGCUGGCAGAAAGGGAGCUCAAGAUACAAAGAAGGCAAAGCUUUAUUCAAAGAUUGGGAAGGAGGUUAUAUCAGCUGUCAAGAAAGGUGGUUCAGAUCCAGGAUCAAAUACGGCUUUGGCCAAUGUGCUUGAGAAAGCGAAGGAGCUUGAUGUACCCAAAGAAGUCGUGGAGCGCAACGUUAAGAAAGCUUCUGAGAAGGGACAAGAGGCUUAUAUUGAGAAAGUCUAUGAGGUAUAUGGUUUUGGAGGGGCUAGUAUGGUAGUUGAGGUUUUAACAGAUAAAAUAACUCGAUCUGUGAAGUUUGUUAGAGAAGUAGUGAAGGACUAUGGGGGAAAGAUGGCAGAUCCUGGAUCAGUUAUGUUCAAGUUCAAGCGUGCUCGGGUCGUAAAUAUCAAAGUGUCCAAUGCCGAUAAAGACCAGCUUCUUACCAUCGCCCUAGAUGUUGGUGCAGAGGAUGUUAUUGAACCACCAUUCUAUGAAGAUGAUAGUGAUGAAGACAGGUACUACAAAGUUGUAAGUUCAGCGGAUAACUACACAGCGAUAUUAUCGAAACUGCGGGAGGAAGGAAUAAAAUUUGAGAUAGAUAAUGGUUCUGAGCUACUUCCCAUAACAACAACUGAGGUUGAUGAUGAAGCCAUGGACUUGAACAAAGAACUUAUGUCUAAACUACUUGAACUUGAUGAUGUUGAUGCUGUAUAUACGGACCAGCGAUGAUCACCUUAGUAUGUCUUGGUAGUGUAGUAUGCAAAAACAGUUGAAAUUUGGGUUAUGUGCCAUGGCUUCAUAUACCUGGCUCACAAUACCAAGUAUGGUGAAACAAUGUUACAUGUUGUGGUGGAGGAUUCAAGUUUCUUCAUGUAAAUAUUGUUAAGAUGAUAUGAACGUUAGGUUCUAGCC